ACAAGUGACGGCGAACGUGACAAUGGAAAGGCGGGAGAGCUCCGCCGGACAACACAGACGUGCGAUUGAAUUCUCCAUUCAUGAGCGGCCGGUGUCGGGCCAUCGUCCACCCCCAUAUGACCCCACAUUGUACAAUCAUCUCCCGCCACACCAGCAACCGCUACCACCGGAUCCGGAAGAGGAAUGGGUGGAUGAUCUGUCCCACACUCUUCCUCUGGGGAGCGGAUCUAUGCAGGAGUGGAUGGGGAGGCACUACCAGCAAAGGGAAGCAGGGACUAGUCGUCAGUCGUACUUGGCAAUGCUGGAGGAGGGUAUCGACGGUGGCGAUACGAAGAUUGUGGACUUGGAUUUUGGCUUGUCAAGCAGGACGCCUGGAGUAGGUGUGAACACUGCAUCGAACCACGUGGGCGCCACGACCGUCGGGCAAACCUCUGUGGGUCGGGUGGGAGUGGCGGGGGUAGGUGGAAGAUCCUCCCGUGUGGGUGGCAUGGCAGAUGGGUGUCGUCAAGCGCCCUCCAUUUGUGGAGGCGUGGGACCAGCUAGCAAUCCGCCGAGGGCAGUGUUACCCACCCACUCCGCGAUGGCUUCGCCUGCGCUGCGGCAAGGGGCAGCCGCACCGACGGCGAACACCAGCACUUCUCCACUGGAAGAAAUGGGGAGGCAGGUGUGGGCGUCCUGUCGCCAACAGAUGCGCCGAGCAACCGCUGAUAACAUAAUGAACGGGGUGUCGCAGAUGCGUGUGGGGAGCGAUGUCGAUUCGGACGACUGUCGGAGGGCGAGUGGUGAAGAAUCUCCAGAUUCCCAUUGCGAGGAGGAACCAAAAGAUGCGGAAGACCUGGAGAUUCGACCCAUUGGUGUGCGUGGUGGACGGAGGGGUGGAUGCGGACGUCAACAGAAGGCCGCGUCACGUGGAGGUCGAGGAGGGUCCUGUGGGCGAGAAGGGCGGCAAACAUCCAACUUGGAGUGUUGAGGAGAUGAUCAAGCUCGCUCGAGCGAAGCGGGACCAGCAAGCUCAUUUCGAAGGAAUGCCGCACAACUA